CGAAACGCCGAUUUAACUCAAGCCGACUGACUGCCGUUAGGUGUUUCUCGGCCUUACGGCAUUGUCUCCGUUUUUGUUCGAUGGUUCUAGCGCUGCUCACAGACUUGCGGUGUCCGCGCGGGCACGUGACUGGGCAUGAUGAGACGCGACGCGUUUGGGCUGCCCAUCGUCUUCCUUCCAUUCUUCUUUCACCAGCGCAUGCACCUGCUAGAAAAACGAUGCCUCGACUUACAAAAUCCAAGCGCCUGAGCGUUCCACACACAAGUGCGCUUGAAGAAGAGCUCGAAGAAGAGACCACAGCGCUAGAAGCGAGUCAGACGGACGACACGCUGCCGCGGAAGAGGGUCCGAUGGGAGGGAAGUGUAGACACUCCCGAGGAAGAGGAAGAUCAGGAGGUGGAGGAAGAGUCCUCGUCGAGCGGUACCGCCGAGAAGGUCUGCCUAGCAGCCACGUGCCAAUCUGGCCGAGUUGCGUGCGCAUACUAUGAUCCAGUGAAGUGUACGGUUCUUGUUUUCGACGACUCCCCCGAGGACCAUCACCUCGACCUGACAAAGGCUUUGUUGGAGAAAGCAGGCCCUGAUGUGGUCCUUACCAGCUCUAAGGCAGAUGACAACUUCAUCGAAGUACUUCGUAAUCAUGUUGAUGGCUCCAGAGGCACUUUCCAAGUCCGACCACAUAAGGAUUUCAUUCCUCUGAAAGGCCGCGACCGGCUUCUCUCUCUCCGUCUUCUCUCACAGCUGCCCGUCUACCAAAACGAUCAGGACACAACAUCGGAGCUUGGCUCCAUAUCCGAGCCUAGAAAUGCCUACGAUUUUAUGCGACGUCGAAGAGAAACUGGGGGCGACCCAAUGCUGCAGAAAUGGAACGCUUCGGUCCGGCUCGCGAACUUCGCCUCAGUGGAAAACUCGCCUCUAUGUCUCGGCUCAAUUGGUGCACUGCUCGACUACCUUGCUCGAGCUCGCGCCGUUUCAGAUCUUGAGGACGAAGGCAUCAACGGACUGGAGAUCCGCAGCAUCGAGCCACUCCUUCUCACAGACACCAUGCAAAUCAACAUGGACGCUCUUUUCUCCUUGCAGAUCUUCGAGGACGAGAACCACGCAUCUAUACACUCCGACAAGACGAAGGAGGGACUCUCCUUGUUCGGCAUCCUCAAUAACACGAAGACAACAUUAGGUCGAGCGCUGAUGCGCGAAUGGUUCCUUCGGCCGUCCAUGUCUCUCGAGGUGAUCAAUGCUCGUCACGACGCGGUGGAAUGCUUCCUCCGCCCCGAGAACAUAACGACAAGGAAUGCCAUGCAAGGACAUUUGAACGGCACGAAGAACGUUCCAAGGAUCCUGGGGGCCAUCAGAACGGGAAAAGCCAAGGUGUCCGACUGGCAGGCACUGGUGAAGUUUGCGUUCCACGCGUUGCUUUUGCGUGACGCCCUAUCAGAGCUGAAGCAUGCCGGUAGCGUCAUGAUAGUCCGGAAGCUUAUCAAAGCGUUGGAUGUGUCUAAUUUUCGACAGCUAGGGAGCGCCGUCAACGAAAUAAUUGACUGGGAGGAGAGCACGAAUACGGGUCGUGUCUGCGUUCGCCCGCGGAUUGACGAAGAACUUGACAACUUGAAGCAUAUUUACAAUGGCAUUGACUCGGUCCUGUCGAAAGUGGCAGUCCAAGUCUCUGCUACCAUCCUUCCUGACUAUACGCCUUCCUUGAACGUGGUGUACUUUCCACAGCUUGGCUUCCUGAUCUGUGUUCCUAUGAAAGAGGAAUGGAAGACCGAUGCUGGGAUUACUGUACUCGACGGUUGGAACUUCCAGUUCUCUUCGGAGUCUCAUGUCUACUUCAAAUCUCAAGAAAUGCAUGACAUGGACGUCCACAUAGGCGAUCUUCAUCCGGCCAUAGUGGAUCGUGAAAUCGAGAUUGUGCAAGCUCUACAAGAGAAGAUACUUGUCUACGACGAAAUCAUAGGCCAUGCAUGCGACGUCUGUGCCGAAUUAGACUGUCUCGUAUCCUUCGCGUUGGCCGCGCGCUCCUAUGACUACCGAAGACCGUAUAUGUCCACGGAGAACAUCAUCGAUAUCAAACAAGGCAGACAUCCCAUGCAAGAAUUUGCCGUCCCUACGUUCGUACCGAACGACACAUAUCUGGUCGGUGGCGCCGGUAUCGGAGUCACCUUCCCAGACGAUGAGACGGAGACAGAGUCACAAGAAGAGCCACACAAUGUCAAGAACAGCGUGAUGGUGUGUACGGGUGCCAAUGCCUGCGGAAAGAGUGUGUACCUGAAACAAGUCGCCCUGAUCCAGUACAUGGCUCAAAUUGGAUGUUUUGUUCCUGCCGAGUCCGCUAUCCUCGGAGUCGUCGACAAAAUCUUUACUCGGGUGCAAACUCGAGAAUCGGUGUCCAGGGUGCAAUCAGCCUUCAUGAUCGAUCUAAAUCAAGUGUCCCUUGCUUUGCGCAACUCGACAGCACGCUCCUUGUUGAUCCUGGACGAAUUCGGGAAAGGUACCCUUCCAACAGAUGGCGCCGGUCUCUUCUGCGGAAUGCUGAAACACCUACUGGAACGUGGCUCGUCGUGCCCGAAGACCAUUGCGACCACGCACUUCCACGACAUCUUCCACAACAACCUUUUCAGCCCCUGUCGAGUCCCUGUCACAUUUGUUCACAUGCAAGUGAUGUUUUCACUCAAUCAGGGCCCCGGUGCUUUGGAGUCUAGAGAGCCCAGUGCAUUUAUUGAAUACGAAGACGAUGGGAGUCAAACUCGAAUGGGGCCGGACGACAAAAUCGUGUAUCUAUACAAGGUUGUCAACGGGUACUCCCUUCAUUCACAUGCGAUAACCUGCGCAGAGCUAUCCGGAGUGCCGAAGCGAGUGACUUCCAGGGCACAAUAUGUCAAUGAGCUUCUAGCUCGACACGAGGUGUGUCAGCUCUUGGACGAAGAUAUGAGAGACGAAGAACGUCGGGAGCUCGCGGACGCCGAAGAGAUCUGCCGCAAAUUCCUAGCUUGGGAUCCUACGCUACCGAGGGGAGGCGAACGGCCAACCCCUAUCAGAGAUGAGCUAGCUGUGAUGCUUGAUCGGGAUACAUAA